AUGGCAGAAAUACCCAAACUUCAAGUGGCUAUUAUUGGAGGCGGCAUCGCCGGGCUGGCCGCCGCCAUUGCGCUCAAGGACCACCCCGCAGUAGACGUGCAGAUAUACGAACGGGCGGCCGAACUCCGCGAGAUCGGGGCCUCUAUUGCUCUCGGUCCCAAUGGAAUGCGCACGCUGGACCGGCUGGGCGUGGACAAUGCUCUGGACGACUCGGUUGCCUUUCGCAAUAAGUCGAGACAUCCAAUGAUAUAUCGUCACUGGAAAACAAAUGAAGACAUAUCAGUGGACAGUCAUAAAGGCCAUGUCGAGGACAGGCAUUUGACCUCACGCUUCUACAGAGCGCACUUACAUCAAGCUCUGGCCGAGCAUGUAGAGCCUUCCCAACUUCAUUUGUCCAAGGCCUUCAGCUCAGCCGACUUUGACGAAUCGAGCCAAAAGCUCACCAUUACCUUCACAGACGGAACAGUAACCCAGGCCGACCUCCUCCUUGGAGCCGACGGCAUCCACUCCAAAGUACGCACGCAAUACGUGCCAACAUCCCGAACAACCUGGACAGGCUGGACGACAUUGCGCUCAGUCUUUCCAAUAUCGCACCUCUCGCACAUUCCCGCGGCCGAUAUCCCAGACGAGGCCGUCCACAUUUGGGGCCCCGACCGUACCCUCUUUCUCUCGCGUCUGGGCCGGGACCUGUUUACCGUCGUCGGGUCCGCUCAGAGCGACCCCAACGCGCCAGACGCACCCUACCGGGACGCAACGUGGAACUCGGAUGGCGACGUGGCCGUCUUGCGCGAGUACUACCGGGACUGGAGUCCUGCUGUCCAGGCCAUCAUCAAUGCCGUGCCCCAUACGCGGGUAUACCCCAACAGCACGGCACACGCCCUGGAUACGUGGGUUCUCGGGGCCGGCAGGGUGACGCUGGCGGGCGACGCGGCGCACGCUCACGGCGGUGCGUUUGCCGCGGGAGGGAGCCUGGCUCUCGAUGAUGCGUGGGCCUUUGCUGCAUCCCUCUUCGAGGCUGUACCGCCGGAUGCUGCCCGGAAGCCCUCUGCUCGUGACGUUGCGGCUGCUCUUGCCUUGUAUGAGAGGACGAGGAAGCCGCAUACGGACCGCGUGAUGCACGUCGUGGCUCAGAUGAAUGCCAAGAAGAUUGAACAAGUCAAACGACAGGAUGCCACAACCGAUGAGGAGUUGAGACGAAAAAUGAAGGAGAGGGCUGAUACCAGUUGGAUUCAUGAGCACGAUGUGACGGAAGCUUUUGGAGCCGCCUUGGAAAGAGGGCUGACUGGACAAGAGCAGCAAGCUCGCCUGUAA